CCCUCCCGCUCUUCCCUUGUUCCUUGUCUCCAGUUGAUAAGUGGAGGAUCUAUCGUCAGCGCUGAGGCAGUAUGGGACCAUGUGACCAUGGCCGACCGAGAGUUGGCGUUUAAGGCCGGUGAUGUCAUCAAGGUGCUGGACGCGUCCAAUAAGGACUGGUGGUGGGGUCAGAUUGACGAGGAGGAGGGGUGGUUCCCCGCUAGCUUCGUACGGGUCGAACCCCACCCUCCUCAACCCCAAACAAAACAGGUUUUCUAUAUCAACCCCAUAGCAACUGCUCGGUUCCAAAACACUACGUCUAAGGUGCGUUUCUCCAACAUCAUCAAUCAACCAUCCAGCCAUUCCCCCCCCCCCACCACCCACC